AUGGCCGGAAGAAACGCUGGGAGGAAUGAUGAGGCUCUUGCUGCAGCUAUACAGGCAAUGGCUCAGGCGUUCCAGAACCCACCCAAUUCUGACGAGAACGUGGGGUCUCGUAGUCUGGCGACGUUUCAGAGGGAGAACCCGCCUACUUUUUUGGGUAGGUAUGAUCCUGAAGGAGCCUUGGCUUGGUUGAAGGAGAUUGAAAGAAUCUUCAGAGUGAUGGAUUGCACUCUUGUGCAAAAGAUCCGUUAUGGAACUCAUAAGCUGUCAGGUGAAGCCGAUGAUUGGUGGGUGAACACUCGUCUAAGGUUGGAAACUGCGGGCGAGGAGAUUACUUGGGAAGUGUUUCGUAGAGAAUUUCUGAGGAAGUAUUAUCCAGAAGAUGUGCGAGGAAAGAAAGAGAUUGAAUUCCUCGAGUUGAAGCAAGGGAACUUGUUAGUCACGGAGUAUGCUGCUAAGUUCACUGAAUUGGCUAAGUUCUAUCCUCACUAUGAUGGAGCCAAUGCCGAAUUCUCUAAGUGCAUCAAGUUUGAAAAUGGAUUGCGUCCGGAAAUUAAGAAGGCUGUGGGAUAUCAAAAGAUUCGCGUCUUUGAGGAUCUGAUUGAUAGCUGUAGAAUCUUUGAAGAGGGCAACAAUGCAUACUAUAAGAUCUUGUCUGAGAAGAGAGGAAGGGGCCAACACAGCCGUGGUAAGCCAUAUGAAACUCCGAUUGGUAAAGGGAAACAGAAAGUGAUUCCGGGUCGAAGAACAAGUGGGGGAGAUGCUCCUGCUAAUGUUAUCUGUUUCAAGUGUGGAAAUCCGGGUCACAAGAGUAAUGUGUGUAGGCUUGGUGAAACGAGAUGUUUCCGUUGUGGUAUGCCGGGACAUGCGGCUCGUGAUUUUUUUCCAGAUGAGAUUCCUAGUGCUCCGCCAGAAAGAGAAGUGGAGUUCACUAUUGACCUUGUACCUGGUACUAGACCCAUCUCUAUGGCUCCGUAUAGGAUGUCAGCAUCAGAGUUGGUUGAACUGAAGAGUCAGCUAGAGGAUUUGCUUGAAAGGAAGUUUGUGAGACCUAGUGUAUCACCUUGGGGAGCUCCAGUUUUGCUGGUGAAAAAAAAAAGACAGAAGCAUGCGACUUUGUAUUGA